AUGGAUUCAAGGACUGAGAAAUUGGGGAGCUUUGCUGAGGAGAUGUACAACCUGAGUGGCUACAUUGCGUCAGCGGGGCAGAUUAGGCCAAAUGUGGAAUUGCCGGUAGGGACAGAAAUUUGUGUACUACAGGGGGACAGACUUGAUCAGAGGAUAGAGGACUUAGCAGUUCUGGAAGGGGACAUUGCUGACCUCCAGAUUUUCAACGAACAAGAUCCGAGGGACACGACAGUCAACUGGUUUGAUUUUGAGGAGUCAAUAGAGAUCACAGGAUGGCUUGACAACCAACCAGAUAUUACUGCACUGACACAGCUAGAACGGGAAGGAAUUGAAGACUCUGAAAGAGCCAGAAAAGCCAAGGCCCCUGUGGGAACUGAGAGUGCUGUGUACACAAGAACAGAGAGUGCUGCGAACACAUGGACAGAAGGUACCGUGAUUACAAGGACAGUGGUAACCAACCAGGAGGUCGAUCUUAGCUCGGCGUCGUCAUACUUUUGUCAGCCUAGGCACAGCCAAGCUUGGGGUCGGGACCCUACUUUUGUGAAGUUGUUAGAUGUUGACUCACAAGACAAGGUUAUGGUUAGAACCAGGAUGGAAGAGUCGGACGAGGCUACCUCGGCAAGAUUGGACCGAAUGGAAAGAAUGAUUAUGGAUAUGGCGGAGACCCUAAGGCAGCAACAGCAACAACCGCCACCACCACCAGUACCUCCACCUGCAGUACAAGAUGUUCAUGUUGAGGACUGA